UCUCCACCAUCCCGUUGAUGCCCUCUUCGGAAUUGCGCAAGUCGGCGACGCUUUAAAGUCAAGCCCACCCCAAGUGUCAAAAUGGAACACUCCGCCGGCGUCGAGGAAGGAGGUGAACAGCGAUACCGGGUAGAGAAAGGAGAUUCUGCAACCGUCGUAGAAGUUCAUGAGGUGAAGGCUUCCGACACUCGCAUCUUCCUCAUUGUUGCCAUCGUCACCCUAUCCUAUGUCAUCGUCAACCUCGAUGGUUCCUCAGCGGCCCUCUCAACGAUCGGCAAGGCGUUGAACGCUUCGGCGCUCCAACUAGCCUGGGUCUACAAUGCCUUCACUCUGCUCUCCACUCCGCUGAUUCCCUUGUGGAGUAAGCUGGCGGACGCUUUCGGCCAGAGGAACAUUGUUCUCUUCGGUUUGAUUACCUUCCUUGCCGGAUCCGCCGGCGCGGGCGCUGCGUCCAGCAUGGCUGUACUCGGCAUCUUCCGUGGUGUGCAAGGCCUCGGAAACUCGGCCAUCGUUGCCAUGUCCCUCGUCAUUUUCACUGAGUAUUACCCGAUCCAUAAGCGCGGCUUCGCAUUCAACAUUAUCGGUGCCGCCAUGGGUUUCACUAUGAUCCUCGGCCCCAUCGUGGGCGGAUCUAUUACCGACAAUGCUUCCAUGGGAUGGCGCUGGAGCUAUUGGAUUCUUCUGCCACUCACCGGCCUGCUGUUCCCGCUUCCUGCCAUUGUGUCCGGCAAGGCGGACGGAGCAAAUUACAAACCCCUCAAGAACAUGGACUACCUCGGCUUCAUUACACUGGUUGGCACUACCGCAUGCAUCUUGCUUGCCCUUGCAUGGGGUGGUAAACAGUACAACUGGGCCUCCGGCCAAAUCAUUGGCCUCUUCGUCGCUGGAGGAGUCUUCGCUGCCUUGUUCAUUCUCGUUGAGAUAUUCGUCGCCAAAGAACCCGUUUUCCCGCCUUACAUGUUCCGAUCGCUCAACAACAACGCCGUCUUUGUCAUGAACUUUUUCCAAGGUGGUGCGGCAAUGGCUUUCAUGAUGUUUGGACCGAUGUAUUAUAAAGGGGACCUUAAAGAUACAGCUCUUCAAUCCGCCGUGGACGUCACCCUGGCCAUCAACCUCGCCUGGAUGGUUUUCGGUAUCAUCUCCUCUCAGCUCCUCCGCUACGUGCCGGCGAACAUUCUGGUCAUCAUCGGGACGGGCUUGACGACGAUCGGCACUGGCUUGUUUUCUCUCGCCAUUUCUCAAGGGGUGCCUAGCAAGGGCGUUGCCGCCAUCUACCUCAUCAUCUUUGGUGCGGGCCAAGGUCUGUCAACCCAGAACUCGUUCCUCAUUGCCCAGGCCCACUUGGAGAAAAAGCAAGACUCCAAGUUGAUGUCCAACAUUCCCGUCUAUUUCCAUCGUGUUGGGGGAAGUAUCCUCGUUGCGAUUUUGUCCGCUAUUUACAGUCACGAGAAUUCCGCCGCUGCCGCUGCCGCAAUGCCGUCCGGUAGCGGAAACAUGGUGAGUCCUCGCUGCAUCAGUUACUUUCCUUCCUCCCAUUGUAAACCAUUGACCGUCUUUCCCACUUUAUAAAGGCCAGCACGGGUAUGGACAUGGGCGGCGGUUCAACCUCCAACUCCACGAUGCCGGCAAGCGGUUCCGCUAUGCGCAUGGGCAACUCGCGGCCCGGAACAACAGCCGCCUUCCGGUGGGCCAUUCUGUU